AUGCAUAAAGUGGCAAAAUCGGAAAUAGCACGCAAAGCAGACUUCAAAGACCUUCCAUUCAUCACAAAAACUAAACCUGACAAAGAACAAAUUUCCACUAAAGAAAGAAUGGGGCGGUUCCCGGAAUCAAAGAGGUUUCAAUGUUUAAGAUGGGGGACAGCUAUUACAGUAAUUCUUCUCUAUAUAGGCUACUUGGCAUUUCUUGCAUAUCGAAUUGUCAUUGAUAAACCGUUAAUACAAAUAUCUUAUGAGUAUUUGGACAAAAUCAGCAUUCCUGAAAUUGAACUCUGUGGCGAUAACAGCGAUAUCGAAAUAUCUAAAUGUAUUUUCAAUUGGAGUAAUAACAAAACUACUGAUGGUUGUAGCUCGGAAAGUAGAAUAUUUGAAUCUGAAAAAAUCAUAACAAAGGAGGAUGGGGAUAAGUAUUGCUAUACUCUUAAGGCUGAUGAUAGUUACUUUUUCAGCGACUCAAAAAGACUCCCCGGAGAAUUGUCGGUAAAGAGCAUUGACUUUUAUUUCAAAAUCCUUAACAUUUCCGCCGUUGUCGAGCAUUUUUUAUCUGUAGCAACUAUCACAGGCCGAAUAUCAGAUAAAGGGUUCAAGGACUUAUCACCGACAAAUCCAGUAAAAAAACGAUUAGAUGAACAAAUGAAUACGUUCGCGGGCAUCCAAAAUGUGUCAGCUCUGGUAUACUUUAAGAAAACCACAUUGUCUACUUUACCUGAAGACGUAUCCACAAUCCUCGGCCUACCUCCUAAUUACAAUAAUACAUCCUUCUUUACCACUGUGACAAAAUACUUUCAAAUGCAUCCAAACGACAGCUUCCCCUUUACAGGUCACUUUAAUAUUGCUCCGGGAAGUUUUCUCCACGAGGUGCAAUCUGAAAAACGUUCAUAUACGGUUCUUGGGGCUUUGGGGGUGGCUGGUGGUGCUGUUGGAUUGAUUGGUGGAAUUUAUAUGUUGUUUUUUGGACAACCGAGAAUUAAUCCUUGGGGUCUAAUGCAUAAAGUGGCAAAAUCGGAAAUAGCACGCAAAGCAGACUUCAAAGACCUUCCAUUCAUCACAAAAACUAAACCUGACAAAGAACAAAUUUCCACUAAAGAAAGAAUGGGGCGGGUAGAAAGUAGGAUCCUAAAAUUAGAAGAAAUAUUAGGAGAGUAUGUGAUUAAUACAUCUGCCCUAGAAGAGCUGAUAAGACCUUAA